UUAUAGUGAUAUUGUUUAUAUUAUAAAUCUAUGGAACAAUAAGUAUUAUUUCUGUAGCCUGAUCUAUUGUUUCUUUUGGAUUUUCGUAAAUUUUUGAAGGGAAAAUAUUCAAAAUGGAAACAAUGCACAUUUCAACUGAAACAAUGCAGUAUCAUUGUCCUUACAAUCCUUCUCAUUGUAUGCCAAAAAAGACUGUACAAAAACAUAUUGUCAAGUGUCCUGAUAAACCUUCAAACUAUGUUAAUUGUGUUUAUAACUUUAUGCAUGCCAUGCAUAUGAGUGAACAAGAAGCUCAUGAAAAAGUAUGCCCGGAUAGAGUAUUAUUUGAUACAUUUAUCUAUUCAUCAGAAGAUGUUAAACGUCCAGUUCCUGUUAUGGAGAAUGAACCACCAGAAUAUGAAUAUGAAGAAUGCUGGGACAAUGCUGAAAGUGUCGAUGUUUUAAAAACAAUAAAUGAAACUUCAACUGUCAUGAGAGCUAAACAUGGACUUACAAAAUCAGAAAGAAAACAACAUCGCGUACAGUUGCACCAAGCACAUGUACAAAAUGAGAAAUCUCGAGUGGGAAAUUCUUCAAGUAUUGGUACAAAUCAUCAGCAAAAUAGCAAUCAAAAUUUAAAUUCUGUAGUGACUUCAACAAGAAAUGAUCAAAAGAAAAAUGUCAUCUCAAAACCAAUGUUUAUAGGCCAAAGACCAACAUUAUAAUUUAAACAAUGUUCUGAUAUUUUAUAUUCAAGCUUCCAUUGUUUUAAUUUUUGAUACAAUUUAAAAACUAAACUACAAGGUUUAAUUAUUAAUUGUCUAUUAAUUAAUUGUUUCUUUUUUAAUUGAUAAAUAUAAUAAAUAUGUUUUAUAAGUGAAAAUUCAUAUUAAAAAUAUUGACUAUAACUACAUUAAGAAUUUUCUUUUUAGUAGUUUUAUUUAAUUUUAAAUUAAAAUUGAAAAUCCUAAUUUUUGUUUAACUUUGAUUUGAUUAAUUUAAAAUUGACAGUUUGUAUAAUUUUUAUUUUUUAUAAUAAAAUAUUUUUAUAAAGUA